AUGGCCGACCUACCACACCCACCCGGCGAGAGAUUAGCUAUAUCAGAUGCUCCAAGCACAACUACGGAUUCCGAGGCCGACGUAGAUUACCAACCAGACACCGAUGGUGACACCGAGGAUAUCGAUAUCAACGAUGAGGCAUACAUUGAGCGCCUGCUUGACGCUGAACAGGCUGAAGAUGACGCUGAACAAGAUGGAGAUGACACAGAAGAGGAAACUGAUGAGGAAGAACCUCACUAUCAUGAGAUCGAGAUCGAACUAGAAGAAGAACCCAAUCAAGCUGGCAACGAAACGGAGACCGAACGCAGUGAGCUGCUCUACCUUUUCCUCCUCGUUCAGAACCUAUUGCUCACACUUCGAUUCGCAGCCGCUCGACAACGGAGGCAGGUGUUGCGUUUACUUGCCAACUCGGAGAUCGGACGUCUUUUCGCAUUUGGCACCGAUGAUGGCGAAUUCGAGCUUGAUGAUGGCAGUGAUGAUGGCGCUCACCCCUCUAUAUGGAGAAGGCGGAGGAGGAGGCCCAAGCCGGAUCCCAAUCGAUUCCCGAAAGUCCCCAGCGAUGAAGGCAUCGAGUUGAUGAAUUCCGGAACGUUUGGUUCGAAUGAGUUGGAAAUUGACACCGUACGUGACAGGGGUAACAUUGGAAAGAAGAAAAGAUUAGCAAGAAGGAUUCUGAAUAGGGAGCUCGCAACGGAAAGCUAUACAGGACAAAAGCUGAACCAGCGGCUUAUGGCUCAGGGUAUGAUCCCUUCCUCGAAUGCAGAUAUGAUCAUUCAUUACGAUCAACCUGUAUACUCGGGACAAUUUUCAGAUGACGGGAAUUUCUUCUUCUCUGUCAAUAAGGACUUCAAAGUACGGAUGUACGACACCUCGAAUCCAUACAAAUGGCGACACUAUAAAACCGUUGAAUAUCCGUUUGGCCGAUGGACUCUGACGGAUGCAUCGUUGAGCCCUGAUAAUAAAUAUCUCGCAUACACAUCCAUCCAGAAUAUCGUUUGUCUUGCACCUACGGAUCCGAAUGAUCACGGUGACCCCUAUGUCCUGGACUUGUCGGAUAUGGGGCAGAAUCGACGAAACCAGGGAUUCCAUGCAAGACAACUUGGUGGUUCGUUUGGUAUUUUCUCGGUUCGCUUUUCUGGUGAUGGCCGUGAAUUGGUGGCUGGUGCUACUAGUGGACAGAUCAUAGUAUACGACAUUGAGUCUCGACAAACCACUCAUAGAAUAUUUGGCCAUGAUGCAGACGUGAACGCUGUCUGCUUUGCCGACUCGUCUUCGCCUCAUAUUCUGUAUUCCGGAUCUGAUGAUACGACUCUAAAGGUUUGGGACACCAGGAGUAUGGGUGAUAGUCGUGAGGCUGGUGUCUUUGUCGGUCAUAUUGAAGGUCUGACAUAUAUCGACAGCAAAGGAGACGGUCGGUAUAUUCUAAGCAACGGCAAAGACCAAAGUAUGAAACUCUGGGAUCUCCGGAUGGUAAUGUCUGCGAGUGACUAUGCUGCCCUCCCGCCGUCCCGGCGAACCACGGAACCCCGUCUUGACUACCGGCUAGCAGCAUACGAUGAGGAUGAUUGGUAUCGGGACCCUGACGACAAUUCUCUUGUUACUUUUAGGGGCCACCGCGUACUACGAACUCUGAUUAGAUGCCAUUUCUCCCCACCUGGAAGUACCAAUUCAAGAUAUGUAUAUUCCGGAAGCGAGGAUGGGAAGGUCUACAUUUGGAAUAUGGAUGCCACACUUGCUGGCACAGUGGAUGUUUAUGCAGCAACCAAGGAUACCAGACCUGCUUAUCUCAGCACUAGGCCAAUGUGGUGGGACGUAGACAGUGAUGAUUCCGACUCGCCAUGGCGAACUUGUGUUCGAGAUGCAAGUUGGCAUCCUAACGCUCCCAUGAUUGUCGCGUCUGCUUGGAGCGGCUAUGGCAUGUCUACCGGCACCUGCUCAGUUCAUUCGUGGAAUGAUGGUGCUGAGGACGACGAAGCUGAGCCGCGAAUGGGGAUGAGCGUCAACGAAAAGUUGGAGCCCGAUCCUGCGCUUUGUGAACAGCCAAGACGGUCGUUCCACGCGGAGAGACGACCUAGACGUUACCUGAGAUAG